GCGUGCACUUGAGGGACGUAGGAAAGAGACUAAUUUCUGCGACGAUGUUUUCCACCUACUUCAGAGCGUUACGGGCUACUAGCAAAUUUGGCUCAUUGGCACGUUACGAGUCCACUUUGGUUAUCGCGGAGCACAACAAUGAAAGUCUGCUACCUAUCACCAGCAACGCACUGACGGCUGCUAAGAAGAUCGGCGGUGAUGUAAUUGUAUUAGUCGCUGGCUCCAAGUGCCAGGCGGUGGCACAAAGUGCAUGCAAGGCCCAGGGUGUCUCCAAGGUCCUUCUUGCGGACAGCGAUGCCUUCAAGGGAUUCACCGCCGAAUCUUUGACGCCGCUUAUAAUUACACUGUGUAACGAGCAUAAGUUCACACAUGUAUUAGCAGGUGCAAGUGCGUUUGGUAAAGCUCUGCUUCCUAGGGUCGCAGCUAAGUUAGACGUAUCUCCAGUAAGCGACGUCAUCGACAUAAAGACAUCGGAUACGUUUAUACGUACUAUAUACGCUGGCAAUGCCAUUCAGACUGUCAAAUCUAAAGACAAUGUAAAAGUGGCAUCUGUAAGAGGUACUUCUUUCGCAGCGGCACCUCUGGAAGGAGGUGAUGCCAAGUGCGAAAACGUGGCUACCGAUGGCUACACUGCGAACCAAGUGCAGUAUAUCAAGCAAGAGCUCAGCAAAUCCGACAGGCCGGAAUUAACAUCCGCGAAAGUCGUGAUUUCCGGCGGGCGUGGAAUGAAGUCCGGAGAAAACUUCCAGUUAUUGUACACACUGGCGGAUAAGCUUAAUGCGGCGGUAGGGGCGUCUCGUGCCGCGGUUGAUGCCGGAUACGUGCCAAACGAUCUUCAAGUAGGACAGACUGGCAAGAUCGUUGCUCCUGAUUUGUACGUAGCGGUUGGGAUUUCGGGAGCGAUUCAACAUCUUGCUGGAAUGAAGGAUUCCAAGACAAUAGUGGCAAUCAAUAAAGAUCCAGAGGCACCCAUCUUUCAAGUUGCGGACUACGGAUUGGUGGCGGAUUUAUUUAAAGUCGUACCCGAGCUCACGGAGAAAUUGUAAAUCGCAUAUCUUCCGGGCAGACAGAUGUAUAUUCUUGUAUAAUUUUGUUACGCUUUUCUUGUUAGUAUGAUAAGGAUGUGUGGAAUUAAAAAUUUUAUAACAAUUUUAUCACGUU